AUGAAAGUAACAGAAUCAGAAUUAGAUGAUGUUGGUAUAUUUACAAUCGAUGGAAUUCACUCGUUUGAAACAAAUCGAAUAGGUGGUGGUGGUGGUGGUGGUGGUGGUGGAGGCGGAGGUGCAGGUGCUUUUAUCGGCAGAGGUGGUUUUAGUGGUGGUAACUCUUGUAUGACUGAUGAUUGUAAACGACAUGCUAAGAUCGUUCGAGAUUGUGUUUUGGGUGGUUUUGUUGGAUUUUUACUGCUAUUGUUAAGUAUAUAUUGGUGCUGCCUACGUCACCAAGGUCGACCACGUCAAGAUAAUUCCAUCUUCAUUAACUUAGGGAAUCAAAAUAUCAACCAACAAGAAGCAUAUACACUUAAUCCUUUUCAGUCCGGCAUCUGGUCUAGUCGAUAUUUUCAAUAUGCAAAAUGGCAUGGACCUUAUCAUUUUCCACUUUCAUUCGAUUCACUAUCGAUGAAAGUAACAGGAUCAGGAUCAGAUGAUGUUGGCGUAUUUAUAAUCGAUGGAAUUUAUUCGUUUGACACAAAUCGAAUAGGUUUGACAAAAACAUAUCAAUUAGAUACAGGCGAUCGAUCCGAAAACUUAGGUCAUCAAGUCAUAAUUCAACUAAUAUGGAAUGCUCAAAAUCGUCAAUUCAAUGGCAAAUGAGGAAUAACUGAGAAAAAAUGGGAAAUCAUUCGCGAUUUAUUCUGUGACAAUUUCCUCAAAGAAAGAGAUUUAGGUGCAUCGAUUGCAGUUUAUCAUCAAGGCAAAUUGGUUGUUGAUUUAUCGGGUGGAUGGUUUGAUGAAUCACGCAAUAAACCCUAUGAUAAUGAUACAUUACAACUUGUCUUCUCAACAUCAAAAGGUGUCGUGGCUGCAACUGUUGCUAUUUAUGUACAACGAGGUCUAAUUGACUAUUCAGAGUUCGUUACAACUUAUUGGCCAGAAUAUGGGCAACAUGGAAAGCAGAAUACUACGGUAGCAGAUAUUCUUUCUCACCGUGUUGGAUUACCAGACGAUUGGACAGUUGGCGAACGAUAUCUUAAUUGGACGGCGAUGGUGCAUUCAUUAGAGCAACAGACACCAAUAAAGCCUCCGGGAACAGCCUCUCGUUAUCAACCUUAUACAUAUGGUUGGUUAGCUGGGGAACUUGUACGACGCGUUGAUCCUCAAAAGAGAACUUUUGGUCAGAUUAUUCAAGACGAAAUAGCAAAUAGACUAGAUAUUGAAUUUUAUAUCGGUCUACCAUCGGAACAACAAUAUCGUGUAUCAUCACACGUUCUAGAUCGAAGCGUAAUAACGACACCGAGUUGGUUAGUAUUAAUACCAUUUCACUUUUUCAAUGAACAUCGAACACAUCGAUCAGAAAUACCAGCUGUAAAUGGAAUUACCAAUGCUCGAUCAGUUGCACGACUCUAUGCAUCACUCAUUAGUGACAUUGAAGAUGGAAAACACAAACGAUUAAUCAAUGAGAAAAUUAUGCAGCGAGCAACAAGACAGAACACACCUCAAGAUGAGAUUGACGUGAACCUAUUUCCUAUUCCGUUUGGCAUGGGUUUCAUGCUUUACGAUCAAAUGUUUCCAUCAUUGGGUCCAGGAACAUUUGGCCAUCAAGGUAAUGCUAGAUUUGAAUGUCAGGACUUUAUUCCUUUGUUUUUUGUAGGAGCUGGUGGCAGUAUUGGUUUCGUUUCUCCUGCAAAAAAUCUUUCUUUUGCCUAUGUUAUGAAUAAAUUCAAUUCAGAAUCAACACCCAAUACUGACUUCCGAAUAAAGAUGAUAUUAGAAAAGAUUGCUACCAUCGUCAAUUCAAAUGAUUAA